UUGUGAACGAUCACCCAACUUGGAAUAUCAAGUCGGAAACAAUCUUUCAAGACUUUCCGACCUGAAGUCAGAAGUCCGAGAUUUCCGAGUGCCCAAUUGUCAUGAACGCGGCAUUAUCUCAUUUUCUAAUAUCCCUGGGCAGUCAUAUGACAAGGAAGAAAGGCAAUCGGUGUUGUUGUUGGUUUAUUAAAUGGCCUGGGGUUAUGAAAUAACAUGGAUUUAAAAUGAAAUCACAGCAAGUUGCCUCGUCAACGAAACUGUUUGUCAUGUAAAGAAAGGAACGUCAGCAUGAAGCAGAAAGAUUGAGACGAAAGCGGGGUACCGUUCGAGGUGCCACAACACGGAUUUUGAAUCAGAUUGAUGUGGAAAUAGCCCAGUCAAAUCCGGAUACCGCUCACUUGAGUACAUUGUUGGGAUUGCUAUCAGCUAAGGAGGACAGUUUGUUUGAACUUUAUCGUGGAAUUGAACAGUUAAUGCCAUUGAACGGAUUGGAGGCAAAGAUUGCAUGCACAAAGGAUUACAAAGAGCGCAUUAUCAUGCUGAAGAGCCAUGCACAACAAGUGAUGAAGAAGAAACAGAACGUCAAUCCACUACCAGCACGGGGAGGAGUAUGGAGAAUGAUGAACUUCCGUCAGCGGAUGGGAUGGAUCGGCGUGGGGCUGUACCUUCUGGCUAGCGUGGCUGUCGUCUACUAUGUCUUUGAGAUCGACCAGACAUACAACCGUCUCACCCUGGAGCACGUGGAGCGGGUGGCUCAGGAACAGCAACCUCUGCCAGGGGACAACACACCUCCCGCCGCAUCCUCUGGGCCCCCAUCCUCACUGCCCACGUGGACCCAGAGUCUCAAAACUCGCCUGCUCCUCUUGCCCUUCUGGGUGUGGGUCACCAUCUUCCUCAUGCCCUACCUUCAGGUGUUCCUCUUCCUCUACUCGUGCACGCGCGCUGACCCCAAGACGGUGGGCUACUGCAUCCUGCCCAUAUGCCUGGCGGUACUCUGCAACCGCCACCAGACCUUUGCCAAGGCGUCCAAUCAGAUCAGCCGGCUGCAGCUGAUUGACACCUAAAGUGUCCAACCGAUUUGAGAUGGUGGAUAAUAUGAGAGGCAGGGUGAGCAGCCUUAGUGCAUGCUGCACACAAUCUUGGCGGCGGCCUACUACUCUCAUACCUGAACUACAGGAUACUUAACACUCAACUAGUGCACUGUGUGAAGUGUUAAGCAUGCCAGGCAUCACUAGGCAAUUCACUUGGGGGUUUCGUGGUGGUUUUGUUGAUGUGUAUGUGUGCUGUUCUUGAGAUGAACAAUGGUACGCGUUUCACAACCCUUUGUAUUUGUGAUUUCUUACAUUCAACAAAGGCUGGACCAAAGGGGUGCCACGUGCUCCUGGGUAUCACCACAGUACCUGACUAUGAUACAGACACCAAUCAUUGAGGGUUUAUCCAUUCACUGCAAGGUCCCACUUUUUUGAGCAAAUAAUUCUGAGGAAAGUUUGGUUCAAUCAUCAUCCCAUAACUAUUACCACCCCACUGACUCGAAGUACGGUGAAAUAUCACGUGUCAACUAAUUUGUACAGACAGUUUUAGGAAUGUGAUGCCAUUUUAAAAAACUGUCUUAGUGGAUCAGUAGUGAUUCUUAGAUAAGUACUGCUGUGUUGUUUUGUUAUUGGUCUGAAUGUAUUUUGUAGUGUUAUUUACUGCUGUGUUGGCUCAGUAAUUUCCUUCUACAUAACAUGCUUUUUUGUCAUUCUAUUACUUGCAAUAUUUAGGAAGUGUUUCGGGGAUUUGUCAAUUGGUCAAUCUAUCCAGUAUUUGUCUAAGAUAAAUAUCUUGUGCCUUUUAGGACCCCCCCCACCCUCCAAGUAAAGUCAAAGAAAGUCCACACAAAGCACACGGACCAUGCUCUUGGAAAAAUACAGAUCUUCUACUACAGCCAUUGUUUGUCCUUAUGUGCCAUAAAGUGACAAAAACGUGACAUGAAAUUGUCAAUGUUUUUGCCUUUUUUAUGAGGAUCCCUGGUCCCUUUUUUGUAAGACAUGUAUGUGGAAAUGUGUUAUGUUCAAUGAGUUGUGGAAUCCUUCACAUGUAAGUUACGAGGAAAAUAUUCACUGCCAACAAAGAUCAUUUCCUAUUUUGAAAUGAGCAAUGGGACAAAUAUGGCUUUCCUAUAUUAUCUUAAAUAUGUCUUGGCUGUCUGUGCCACAUUAAUUUAUAUGGCAGGUAGUGUCCUUAAGCAUUUCUGCAAAAUACUCAUUUAAUUUGAACGUUGUUUUGAAAUAAUCUUUGGCUACUCUGUGUUGAUGGUGGAGGUCAACCUCCAUAUUUUUUAAUGUUUCCAAUUGAUUCGAGAUGGAAAAUUAAAUUUAAAUAGUCCAUCUACAUUAGCACAGUAAUGAAUGUGCAAAAGGUUUAUUUGACCUUCCUCCCAACACAGGGAAGUGGCAUGUGCUGUGUCGAGUGACCUGACCUAAAGGGAAUUGGGCUGGGUUGUGUUCAGUAAGGCACACAGAAAACAUGUUGAUACUCUUUGUAACAAAAAUGCAUUUGUCCAGGUAAUCCUUCCAUGCUUAUCAGUUCUGUUUGUUUCUUAUUGAACACAACCCUGAUUUUGUCCUUGACUAUACAGCAUGUCACUCAUUGCACAGAGGCCCAAGUGUAUGGGGUUUGUGCUCUUCCCUUGUCCUUGAUUAGUAAGAAACUCCCCUCACCUGGUUGUUUAGGGCUAAAUCGAAAGCAAAAAAACAGACUAGGCCCUCUAUGUAAUGAGUUUGACACCCCUACUAUAAAGCAGGGUUUCCCAAACUUUGUUCUGGGGUGCUUGUUUCUGGUUUUUGCCCUUGCACUACACAGCUGAUUCAAAUAAUCAAAGCUUGAUGAGUUGGUGAAUUCAAUCAUCGGUGUAGUGCUAGGGCAAAAAUGUGCACUGGGGGGCUGCUAUAAAGGAUAAUCUACUUGGGUUUUGGACUGGGUGUUUAGUGGCUCACAUUACAUUUUCACUGAACCCGUUUCAACUUCAUUCCUCUUUUUACUAUAUUGCACAACUUGGGUCCUCAGUUGUAGUGUCUACAAAGGGCCACGUUCAGUAGGCAUAAGAUGGAAGAAGCAUUUACAGAUGGAGUUACUACCUGAACUCAUAAUGCUCAUUUUGAUCCAUUUUUUCCCUACCGAAAGUACUAUUGGUUUUAAGCUACAACUGACUACAGUAACUGAAACCUCAAGCUAGCCAAUAACCUGAUUUGAUCAGUAAGUGUCAAGGUCAAAUCAUACAUUGUAGAAGCUUCCCUACUCAACCAGAGUUGUCCACCCUUGAUUCAACCUACACAAGUCCCAAAUGAUAGUUUGGACGUAGAGACACUGCCUGUCAUGGUUCCUCUAGGUUUUUUCUGUUUAUUAAAAAAAAAAGUGUUAAUGGGAAAGGAAUAGUCGUAUUAGAAAGAAAAAAAAUAUGGGCUUGUGUGGUCGGUCUAAAAGAAUGAGUGGCGAUUCACAUUGGUGCUUCUGAUUUUUAUUGCCUUUCAAAUCUAAAUGCACUGUGAUUAAAAUAAGGUCUGGAUUGUAAGAAAAUUAAACGUUAUGGGAAAAUGUC